AUGGAACAAGAUGUUAUAAAUUUGAAAAACCAUACUACUCAAUAUAAAGUACUGAAAGAUGAAGAGAUAAAACAAAAAGCCAUGAAGACAUAUAUGGAUAGCGAUGAGUAUAAAAAAGAAGUUGAAGCAAAUGUAAAGGCAGAAAAACUUUUACAGUUGCAAAACCAAACCGUACAGUAUGAAAACUUAGCACAAGAAAGUAAAAAUAACGACGCAGCCAUGCAAAAGGCAAUGAAAAGCGCAGAUAUUAUAAAAGCUAAUAAUGACUGGUUAGAUGCCCAAGCCAACGCUAAAGCAGCCCAACUUAUAGGGUCAAUAAGGACAAAAAUACAAGCGGAUGAAGACAGUUCAAAUGAAGCUUUAAUGAAUGCUGACUUUAAGAAUGCCUUCGAAGCUCUUCAUAGUAAGGUGAAACUAGUGAACGACUUCUCAUCUGGAAAGAAACUGAAGUCUGAAGGUUUCGACAAAGAGUUAAGAGAAGUAGCACAAAAUAUGACGAAAAUAACAGAUGCAGCAACGAGACAGGCAGUUCA